AUGUUGAGUGUGAAAACCCCAGCAGCGUUGCAGUUCUUGAAGUGGCGCAACUUUGGUUUUAGAGAGAUCCGGCAGGCAUUCCGGGUGCUGGAUCGGGAUGGGAACGGGUUCAUCUCUAAGCAGGAGCUGGGCAUGGCUAUGAGGUCCCUGGGAUACAUGCCUAGCGAGGUGGAGCUGGCCAUCAUCAUGCAGAGACUGGACAUGGACGGUGAUGGCCAGGUGGACUUUGAAGAGUUUGUGACGAUACUGGGACCCAAACUUCUGUCGUCUGAGACCCGAGAAGGUUUCCGAGGAAGCACCAUCGAUAACAUCUUCUGGCAGUUUGACAUGCAGCAGAUGUCUCUUGAUGAGCUGAAGCAGGUUCUGUUCCAUGCGUUCCAAGACCACCUGACAAUGAAGGAUAUCGAGAACAUCAUCAUCAACGAAGAGGAGAGCCUCAAUGAGACAGGGAACUGCCCCGAGUACGAGGGAGUCCAUCCUAAGAAGAAGAACAGACAGACGUGCGUGAGGAAGAGUCUGAUCUGUGCCUUUGCCAUGGCCUUCAUUAUCAGCGUCAUGCUCAUCGCGGCCAAUCAGAUGCUGCGGAAUGGCAUGGAGUAG